AUGGACACCCAGAUCGGUUACUUCCACGAGUUGUUGAUCGGCAGGCACGAUCCAAGCCGACUCCCAGCUCAGGCUCGAUGGGCUGGACGUGGAUUCACUGAGAGCUGUCGAGCAGUGGAGGCCACAGUGGCGAUGAAAAUGCCGAGGAAUCUCAGGCACGUGUUUGAAGAUGACGACUCAUCAAGCGACGAGAAAGUGGAUCCUGCCACUUCAGAGAAGGCACAGGAAAAAACACACGGUGAUAGGAUGCGAGCUGCAAUGCCUCCUGCCUCAGAGAGAGGCCAAAGUUGCGAGGAUGCGACGCAGGUAUUUCUUGAAUCUCCAUUUGAGUGGUGCCUCGAGCAUGAACGGUCCUUGUUGCAGUCGUCCAAUGGUGAUCUUCCUGAUGAGCGAGACUCUGGAAACUGCAAUGGCAAAGCCACUGCGGCAGGUGCCUCCUCACUUGCUGAGGCUCUCCAAGCUGCGCGGAUCCCGCGAUUGGUGGAGGUCAAGCCAUGUUCCGAGCUUCGGCGAUUGUUGGCACAGGAAGUUGGGCUACCCACCUGUGUUGCUGCGAGCAACAAGCUGGUGGGAGUUGGAACUUUAAGGGGAGCCGUCGUCCUCUUGGACAACAAAUUGCAGGAUGUACCCAAGGACAACAAGCCUCAAGUUUUGAGUCCAGGAGAGGAAGCUUCAGCAGUGACUUCAGCAGCUUUCUCGAUCGACGGUGGAAGCUUGCUGGUUGGCCACAAGAGCGGACAGUUGGCACUGUGGGAUUUGGCUUCACAGAAAGUUGCAUGCGUUGUGCAAGAUGUUCAUUCCUCACCAGUGCUUUCAUUGGCAUUUUGCCGCCCUAGUUGGCAGUAUGCACUCUCUGCAGAUGCAAAAGGAAGUGUCUACUUCAUUAGCUUUUUCACUGGCACAUUCGGCCGUCUGGACUUUGAGAAGCAGCUGCUUCUGGAGCAAUCCUCGAGCAUUGGAGUCACACUGCGAGUAUUGCCUCUUCAGGUGUCAUCGCAGCAGAAUCAUCCUGCAGAUACUCACUGCCUGGUUGCCCUUUGUGCGAGCAGUGCCACGGUAUUGCUUACUUUGCACCCGAGUGCCAGCGUUGUCCAGAAGAUUCAGUACAAUGCCAAAGAUGCUUCAUGGGUUCCUGAUGCUACAUGGCUUCGCAUGGAAUCCCAGGACUGGACGCAAUCUCCACAGGCAGAGGUAGUCGACCCUCAGCUCUGCGUUGCCUAUGGCCAGACGAUCCACAUCAUGCGGGUCAGCUAUGGCAUGAACGAGGUCAAGGGCAAGGAAGAGUUCAAAGUCUCCUUAUUAGGCCGGUACAGCUGGGGAUUUCCAAUCCGCGGCUUGGUCUCCUUCAAUGACAGUGUCAUUGGAGUCCUUGAUGGUACAAACAGGCUGAGUGUGGUGCAGUUGCCACAUGCGGAAGUGAAGCCAGCUACUGGGACUGUGCCGCUCUCCGCAGUGCACUCUGAGGACACCACCAACUGGUCCUUGGUUUUCCACACCACACCCGUGGAUGGGAGAGAGAUGCGUUCACAUCAUGGAGCCCUUGGUGUGUUUCGUGGUCGCUCUAGAACUCUCUACAUCUGCGGAAUGAAGGAGGUCUGGAGCUUUCAGAUUGGUAGAUGGGGCCAACACAUUGAAUCCGUGGUUGCAAGGAAUGAUUGGUCGACAGCGUUGGAUGUGCUUUUAGCCCUGCGUCGGGGAAGCCUUCCACCUUUGCUUGACUUUCCGCAUGCGACAACACCUCGUCAGAAAGCUGUGGAGUCACGCAUCACUCAGGUCAUUCAGUCGUACUUGGUGAACACAUUGCGACCAGAUGCCGCACGCUUUCAGGUCCGGCAGAUUUGCUUUACAGCCAUCAACGUUUGCAUCGAGGCUGAGCUCUGGCCUGUGCUGUACAAGACGGUUUUCGAGUGUUUCAAGGCCACGGGACACAUGAACGUCUACUGCACCGCACUGGAGCCCUUCAUCGUGCAUGGAAGGAUCCCUAGGAAGGAAAUGGACUCGGAGGUGUUGUCAAGCAUUCUACAGUCCUACGCCCUUCCUUUGGAAGAAGAGGAGCAGGCCUCACAUCAGGCCAUCCAGGAUGGUUCGGGUGGUUCGGAUAUUCUGUUCAGAGACCUCGAUCAUUUCCCGAACUUAUUUCCAGUGGCGCGGAGGCUUCAACAGCUCGUGCUUUGUGUGGACGUGUCGAGAUUGGACCUAAAUCUGGCGAUCCGCUUGUUCACACAACACAGGUUGUGGACCGCACUGGUCCAUGUGUAUUGUGCGCUUGGGGACUUUGUUUCUCCCUUGGAGCUCCUGGUGGGUGAAUGCACCCAGCUGGCAAAGCGUUGCUCCUCGGGAGACCUGCCUGAAGAGGCACCCUUGCUGCAGUGCCUUCUAGUUCGAAAGUUGUUUUUCUUUAUAUACAGAUGCUUUGAGCUGCGAGCCUUUCCCCUGGAACCAAAGGAUGCUCUGGGUUUGGUACAGCCUGGCCCCAAUGCCAUUGUAGAUUUGCUCGCCUGCAUUUUCAAAACCUCUGAUCCAUCCAAGGCUCCUCCCAUGUUCCUCCGCCUGCUGCGGCUUUCAUUUUUGGGAUUCUUCAACACCCUGUCAGCUCUCUUCACAUCGCCUUCAGCAAGUCGCGCUAUGCAAGACCAAGCUGCAGCGGGAAAGAUUUCGUGGUGGAAGGACACCCAGCAAGGAUCACUGCUGAAGGCUCUGUUUGAGCUCAUUCAGUCAUCCUUGGAGGCUGCCAAGACGCAGAGUGCAGAGGAAGGCAACCCACUUCCCGCACAUGCUGAAAAGGAGUUCCUGUGGUUUGUUGCAAAAUCUCUCCCUCGAGCAAGGGCUCAGCUGCCCAUCCAGAAAGUGAUGCAGGUGGUGGAUCACGUACUCUGCUCACAAGGCUCACAAGGUCGUCAGAGAAAAGUUGAGCAGCUCCUGAUUGGCGUUCUCUCAAAUCAGGAGAGUUUUGAUGAUGAACAUUCUGCUGCAGUCAUCAACAAGGCCAUGAAUGGCUUCUGGGGCUUGGCCUCAUGGCUCCAUGAGAGGAGUGGAGAAUACGGGAAAGCGUUGGAUUGCAGAUUGCAGGAUCCCGAGCUCCGGGAGCAAAUCUUUGAAUACAUCAUAGCAAAGUUGGCAGAGGAGUUGAACCCGGCCCUCAUUGAAGCAACGCUGCACCGGCUGCAGGCUUUAGUGGAGGUCGACAACGAACUUUGCUCCCUCAUGUUGUGUGAGCAGUUUGCCAAUGUGCCUGAUCACUCAACUGUGCUUGACAGUUUGAAACCUUAUCCUCAGAUGGAGAUGAGAUACUUGGAGGCCCUGCUCCUUCGAUGGACGGGUGCAGCUGACCGCCAGGCAUUUUUCAACAUGCACGUUGUGCGCUACAUAGAUCUGCUGUGCCAGCAUUGCCCUUCAGCUGUUCUGCCCUUCAUCCUGGAGAAUGAGGCGCUACCAUUGAGGGAGUGCUUGGAGCUGUGCGGCAGGUAUCGAGUGACCGAUGCGUCCGUGCACUUGUUGGAGCGGACUGGUGACUUUGCCAGCGUGCUCCAGUUAAUGCUGAGCGACUAUCAGGAAGCCAUUGACAAGCUGUGUGCGUGCUUCAAUGGCCAAGGAGACCGAACGAUUGUCUCGAAAGCAGUGAAGCGACUCCUGGGCCACGGCCACGGCGGCCAGGACUCCGCUGUCCGUUCUGCAGAGGCUUGGUGGGAAGGAUUUGCGGAGGCGCAGAAAUGCGUGAACCUCCUUCAGAAUGUCUAUGACUUGAGCUCCAGGAACUCGAACAUCAUGACAGAGGUACAGUUGGAGGAGCUUUGGUUCGGCAUUCUGGGCUUCACUGUGCGGAAGCAGGAAAGCCUGCCUGAAUCUGCAGCAUCAGAACGUCGAAAAACUGGACUUGGUCUUGCUUUGCGUGAGUUAGCUGCAAAGGCCAUGGCAGGUGUCCUGGCGUACUUGUCACUGCCACGGUGUCUAAAAUGGAUCUGUGCUGAAUUUGGCCAAUCCACCUUGGGCAUCUGGAAGGAGCCUUUGCAGAGCAUGCUUUCUGGCCUUGGCUUUCAACAAGGACUUCUGCAGGCAGCUGCAUCUGUUGCUGCUCAGGAUGUCAUGAAACCCUUCGUGGUGCUCAAGAUGUGUGGAAGUCGUGGUGCCUUGGUGUCACCGAGGACUGCUGCAGUGGGCGUCGGAAGCCUGGAACGGAGCCUGGAAUGGGUUGUAGUCAUAGUUAUAGUUAUAGCUAUAGUAUGAUGUUAUAGUUGUAGAGGUGGUGGCUUCACUACUGGUGCCUUUGGGCCCAAGAAGAAAAUGAAGAACUUUGUGCUUUGCAGGGUGGUUUGGUGAAGGUUCCGCUGGUAUCUCCGAUCAAGGCGCGUGCUGGAGGCUUCUCUGGAAGGCUCUCGGUGAACGUCCGGAAGCUACAAACAGAUCCAGCGAUGAGAAAAAGAUACCGCUCUUGCAGCAGUGUUUGUGUGGACGUUGACAAGGUAGCGAGUACUUGUUCCCC